UCCUCCUCUCCCCCUUUCACUGGGCAUGCUCAGGACCACAGCCCAGAUAACCCAGGAGGAGCCUGUGCUCUGCUUUGCACGCGCAGCUUUUUCUGGCUUGCCUAUAUAAAGCCAGCGAGAGCACGGGGGCUCCUUUUCUCCCCCCAGCCUGCUGGCCUUUCCGCUCCGGUGGGAGUGCUAGCAGUGCCAUGAGCUCCUCCGAGGCUGCGCGUCCGAUCUUCCUGCAGGGAGAGAACUGCAAGCCGGCAUGGAAGGAGGCAGACGCUGGCUUCAAUCAGACGGACACCCACUUAGAGAUCUUGGGCAAACCGGUGAUGGAGAGGUGGGAGACCCCUUACAUGCAUUCUCUGGCUGCGGUAGCAGCCUCCAAAGGCGGCUGCGUGCUGGAAGUGGGGUUUGGCAUGGCCAUCGCCGCCACCAAACUGGAAGAGUUUGACAUUGAGGAGCAUUGGAUCAUUGAAUGCAAUGAGGGCGUCUUCCAGAGGCUGCAGGAGUGGGCCAAGAAACAGCCACACAAGGUCGUCCCCUUGAAGGGGCUGUGGGAAGACGUGGCGCCGAUGCUGCCAGAUGGACACUUUGACGGCAUCCUCUAUGAUACCUAUCCCCUCUCAGCAGAAACCUGGCACACCCACCAGUUCAGCUUUAUCAAGGGUCACGCUUUCCGCUUGCUGAAAGCCGGUGGCGUGCUUACCUACUGCAACCUGACGUCCUGGGGGGAGCUGCUCAAGACAGAGUACACGGACAUCGAGAAGAUGUUUGAGGAGACUCAAGUUGCACACCUGAUGGAGGCAGGGUUCAAGAAGGAGAACAUAAGCACCAGCGUGAUGAACUUGAUCCCGCCCGAGGACUGCCGCUACUACUCCUUCCACAAGAUGAUCACGCCCACCAUCCUCAAACAGUGAGCAGCCAUCAAGCACCCACUCCCAUCUCGCUCGCUUGGUUGCUGCAACAAAAAGCAAGUGAAGAAAUCCUGCCAGCAGGAGUGAAAAUGAAAUCAAGGACUGGCUACUGACAAUCCAGGGAGGGGAGGAAAUAUUCGUCGCUUUACAGUACUAAUGAGGGAACGUUAACAUAUCGAUUGGACUUUCCUAAAUCCUCCUUGCCCUCCAGUCUUCCUGGAAAGUAUAGAACUAGCACGUCGGUAGUGGACCCUGCACCACAAAGGGGCCAAGUGGCUAGGACUGGGAUUCAGGAUGCCUGCCUUCUAUUCCCAGCGCUGCCACUAAGCUGCUGAUGCGUAUGAACAAGUCACUGCCCCCUCUGUGCCUCAGUUUCCCCAUCCACAAUACAUCAUUAUCCUCUUCUCCCUACAAUGCUUUCAGAUCUAUGGCUCUAAGACACUAGGUCAGAGCUAGGUGUUAUUUGGUCAAAGAAACUGUCCUGGGGGCAGACCCCUUGUGGGAUGGCCUAGCUGUGGAUCUGGGACAUUCCUCCUACCUUUUUAAAGAAUGUUUUUAUUGUGGGGUUUGACCAGCGCUCAGAGCCCUAGCUGUAGGCUCCACAGAUUUUGAUUAAAGUAAAAAUCAAGAGGGGACUGUAGGUAACUUGAACAAGGGAUUUCCAAAUCUAGGUUCCCUGUGGAACACUGUCCUUUCUUUUUAAAGAUCAAGACUCGACUCUCCAAAACAAGCUGAGUAAAGCACCCUUCACCCCAGAACUUAAUUCUGAAAGCCUGACAUUUGCAUUUGCGUAAUUAAAUGAGAUUCAGACAACUCCCACAGCAAAUCUCAUGGGAAUCUCUUCUCAUAUUUUUGGCUAAUGGCCUGUUUUUAAUUAAGAUUUUGGUAACAAAUUCUUAUGACCUUCCUGGAAGUUUACCACUACAUGAAUUAGUUACCCACCUCUGUACACAGAUGUGCUGGAUAUGCUAUUAAUACGAACACUAAAGACAUUAAAUUGAUUUCAACCUACA